AUGGCAGUAAAAGGAAUUGGUCAAGUAGAUAAGAAAUACGAUGGUUCAAAAUUAAGAGUUGGUAUACUUCACGCAAGAUGGAAUAAAAAAAUUAUAGAUUCAUUAGUAUCAGGAGCUAUACAAAAGUUAUUAGAAUUAGGAGUUCAAGAAUCAAACAUAAUAGUAGAAUCAGUUCCAGGAUCAUUUGAAUUACCAUUCGGUUCAAAAUUAUUUUUUAAUCAACAAAAACUUAAAAAGGAACCAUUAGAUGCUAUUAUUCCUAUAGGUGUAUUAAUAAAAGGUUCAACUAUGCAUUUUGAAUAUAUUUGUGAAUCUACAACAAAUCAAUUAAUGAAAUUAAAUUUUGAUUUAAAUAUUCCUGUUAUAUUUGGAGUUUUAACUUGUUUAACUGAAGAACAAGCUGAAGCAAGAGCUGGUUUAAUUAAAGGUAAAAUGCAUAAUCAUGGAGAAGAUUGGGGUGCUGCUGCUGUUGAAAUGGCUACUAAAUUUCAUACUUAG